AUUUCACAUUUACAAGCAAAACCACAACUGAAGCACUCACACGGCUCCCAUCACAUCACUGCUGCAUUAUUCUCCUUUCUGUUGUUUUCCGUUAACUAUGAUGCUAAAGGCUCAAACAGGUGGAUGGUGUCUCAUAAUCCUGGCUAUUAUUGCAGGUGUCCAGCUCCAGGAAAAUGAGCGCUCUGUCCAGCCUGCAUCUGAGCCUCACAUCUACAGGCCGGCGCUGCAGCCCACCGAGACCGCCCCUCCAAUAGAGACCUACAAGCUUGACAAAUCCUGCAUAAAAGCCACCAUGGGAGUACAGUACAUUGUCAUUGAAAAAAAGAAGGCUUGGUAUUACAACCUGGAGCCCUCCAGGGUCAGGAUGGGGGGGUCCUGUGGUGAAGAAGCUGCUGUCCUCUCUCUCACACUGCCUGACAAUGCUGCCAGUCUGCAGCUCACCUUCAGAAAGAAAGGGAAUAUUUUCUACGUCUCCAAUCUAACCGCUCAUGUGUCUCCUCUGCCUGUCUGCCAAGGAUGUUCCAAUAAGACUUACUCAGGUGUGUUGACGAAUGACAAGCUGUUUGCAGCGGCUGAUGGACAGAGCUUCAAGUGCAAAUCUGAGAAUCUGCUUCAGACGUCUCCGGAGCUGAGGAUCCGGCUGGUUCCUCUGCAGAUACAGGCCUUCACUCUGCUCAAAGGACACUACGGAAAAGAGGUGGAGUGUUGGGCUGACUUUACCCAGCGAGUUAUCCCCAUCAUCCUCGGGGCCACAGUGGUGGGUCUUUUUCUCAUCGCCGUGACGACCUCCCUGUUCAUCAAAGACCGCCACAGAGAAGGAUAUGACAGGCUCUGAACUUCUGACAACUGGAUGGAGAUUACCUUAAUCUACAAUAUUAUUUCAUCAUACACUGUCACAAAAAGUUCUCAAAUUAGCUCUCCAUAAAGGAGAGGUGUCAUGCUUUUCCGGUUAUUACCCGUCCCCUUGUGUGUUAUGAAGGUUUUUAUGCAUGUAAACGGUG